AUGUUGGUGUUAACGGCUAUAUUCACCGUCUUUCUUAUUGAGCGUGCCUCACCUCACACCCAUUUCAAUACGAAAAAUAAUACAGGACAGCUGAACAAAAGAGGAUGCGCCUUAUCAGGGACGCACCAGGCGUUAUGUGCGAAAUCUGGCCAUCAACUAGUAUGUACCAGAGGAAUUAAUACUGACUGGAUUACUGGAAUAAGGUAUGAAAUCGGACAUCUGAAAAUAGUAGAUUGGCCAGGACUGUCAACUGAGUUAACAAGAUUUAAAGGACAUUUUGCUUCAACUAGUAGAAUUGAGAAACUGUCAAUUCACGGCUUAACUUCAUUAUGGGAGGUGCCAGCGGAUAUGGUUUCCAAAAUGUCACACUUACGAGUUCUUGAUUUGCGCGGUAACGUGCUUAGACACUUGAAAGCACCCACGUUGAGAGGUCCGCAGAAUUUGGAAAAGGUCUAUUUAAGUGACAACAAAUGGGACUGCAGCGAUGGUGGCCUCGAUUGGUUGGCAAUGGAAGACGAGAACAGCGCAACCAGACGGAUUAUUGUGGAUUAUUACCAACUAGUCUGCCAUCAGCAACUCUAUAGGGGAAAGCCGUUACACAAAGUUAUGGACAUUAUAAAGAUGGUUCGCCACACAUGUCCGAAGCCAUGCGCCUGCGCAAUGACCCACGUGGUGACAGAUAGAGCUGGCGGGAUAAUACCUUUAAUCACCGUUGACUGUGCAAAUAAGAGACUAAUAUCGCCGCCGACUACUCUACCACCGAGUGCAACGACUUUAAGAUUAGAAGGAAAUAAGCUUAACUCAAUAAGGCCCCUAGUACAAGAACCGCAAUAUAGGAAGUUAAUGGACCUGUACCUAGAUAACAAUAGCAUACACGCUGUGAAAGAAUUGGAGGGAUCCGAAUGGUUCACAACGUUCCGAGUACUAAGUUUGAGAGGCAAUUUUCUAAAACAAAUCCCGGUAUACGCGUUUGAUAAAGCAUUUCAAGCAAAUAACAAUAUAAUGGGCGUGUUCCUGGGGCAGAAUCCUUGGCGAUGUGAUUGUCAUUUUAUACCGCGCUUUCAAGCAUUGCUUCUGAAAUAUAAAAGGAUAAUUCGAGAUCUUUCCGAUAUAAGAUGCUCGAAGUCCGACGACAAGACUAUCUCGCAAGUUCAGAUAAGCACAAUGCCACUGGGAAAUGUAUGCAGCAGACCCGAAGUUAAAUCUGUACCUAUUAGCUCGAUAAACAUAGUCAAUUUAGUCCUUAGUUUCCUUAUAUUUGUAAUAGUGGGUAAAUUUCUUUACGAUUGGCAUCAUUUUAGGACAACGGGGAAACUACCUUGGAUAUCGUCUAUAUUACCGUAA